AUCAGUCCCUCUGGGGUAGUUCAGUGUUGUGUUUAGUGUAAUGACGUGAUGACAGAUGCGUAAAGCGAAUCCGUGUUGUUGUAGGCAUGCCUUGUCCGCGGUGAAAGGGUGAAACGGGGAACAGGCAGGGUAAAAGACUGCAGGCGCUGCUUUUAAAAGACUCACGUAGAGUAUAAAACUAUAGUUUCUUGCCCAUUGUGAGACGCUCGACACGAGACAAGCUACAUUACGCACAGGCGGGGGGAGGGAGAGUUGAUAUUGAAAAGAAAAGAGACUGACCAGUCACAAUUCCAAGUUUACUUCGUCUGGUUUCUUCGGAACACUGCUGAUAGAUUUGGGCAUGCGGGGAAAAGUCCGUGUUUUUGGUUUUUGUGCGACAUCACGGGGUGUCAUUGUUACCUUUCUUUUCGUGACAUUUAAAAGGCAUCCACUUUAUUUUUUGCUAUUAUAACGGUACGUGUAAUUUACAUAUUUACAUUUUAUGUAUUUGGUUGAUGAUGGAAUGCGCUUCCUCUCGGUGACGCAAAAACCUGGACUUUAAGGCAUAUAUAUAUUUCACUAGCUCUGCUUUCCAGUCAGCCUGAGCUUUUUAGGAACUUUUCUGCCUGUGCUUUUUUGAGGCCGCGGAAAUGGGAGCGUGUCAACGGGACGUUGUGUCCGCGCUUUGCCGAAAAAGUUUCCGUUGGAUUGUGCUGCUGCUGUGGCUGACCUCUGCAGCUCAUGCGACCUGGAGGACGGGGCUUUACAAAUAUUCAGCUGGGACCCAACUCAACAGAGAGUCGUCCGCAGCGUCUCAAACCUCUAUUUAUCAAAAAAGGAACUGGUGUCCCCAUACAGUCACUAAGACGGUGACUUGCCAGGUGCAGAAUGGGACAACCCUGCAGCGUGUCUACCAGACAUGUCGCUGGCCACAGGGCUGCACAGGGGGCAGCUACCGGACAGUGGUCAGACCCUCCUAUAAGAUGGUGUACCGUACCAUCAACUCUCUGGAGUGGAAGUGCUGUCCAGGCUACAGCGGCACGGCCUGUGAAGAAGAGUCAGGAAACCAGCUGGUGGCUCAGGAGGCGGUGAGGAAGCCGUCCACUCUUCGCCGUCCUCCUGCCUCUGCCCGCACAGAAGCAGGAACAGGGGAACAGCUCUCCAACAAUUGCCUCAACUGUAGUCGAUUCACAGCACUGACAGACAGACUCAGCUCACUGGAGGAAAAGGUCCAAGUGCUGUCCUCUCCUGCCUCCACUUCACACCGCCACCUACAGGGUGAAGAAGGAACAGCACCGGAGUCUUCCUCACAGACAGGGGCUCCACAAACCAAAGGAGCCCCUGGCGAGCAGGGACCCGUAGGUCCACAGGGCGAUAGAGGCAGAGACGGUACCCCUGGACAAGAUGGGAAGCUCGGGUCUCGGGGACUGCCGGGCCCCAGUGGCCCCAGGGGCGAUGCUGGGGUGAGAGGCCCUUCUGGGACCCCAGGACCAGUGGGACCCAAAGGUCCAUCAGGUCUCCCAGGAGAGAGGGGUCUACCUGGGCUUCCUGGACCUCCUGGACCCCCUGGACCCCCGGCCCCAGCCAGCGCCCGCAUCCCAGAGCCAGACCGGGGUCAGGGCAAGGAGCUGCUCCUCUCCAACACCUUCCCUGACCCACGAGGGAUGCCUGUCCAAGGCCCACAAGGCCCUGCUGGACCUGCUGGUCCUCCAGGCCCCAAAGGCCCCGUGGGACCCCCUGGCCCAGCAGGACAGAACGGGAAGUCGGGUGCCCCCGGGUUACACGGCCCGGUGGGGCCGAAAGGAGAACGUGGGGAGAGAGGUCCUCUGGGUUAUCCAGGAGAGAGAGGUUUCAGAGGAGAGCCGGGAGUAGCAGGAGCCAAGGGAGAGCCAGGACAGAAAGGCCUGCCGAACAAUCUAAAUGGGGACGGGAUACAUCAGAUCAGAGAAGCGCUGAAGAUCUUAGCUGAGAGGGUUUUAAUCCUCGAGACUAUGAUCGGUAUUCAUGAGCCUGAUCUAGGGUCUGGAGAUGGUCAAUUCGGGACUGCGUCCCCAGGUGGUUUCUACAGGGAUAAGCGAGCAGGAGCCGAACCCUAUCGGCUCGUCUCCCCUCCUCUGUUCUCAGACACCAAGGUUCAGGGGAAGUAGCAUUGUUCCCUGCUGCAUCUGAGGAUCACAGGCUGGGUUUAACUACCCCCUCCCUUAGGUCUCUCUGGCACUCUACUGAUCCAGACCUUAUCUGAUACCCUCUGUGGGCUGUACCAUCAGACGAAAGGUGGGGGACACCUCAGGGAAGCUCCACUGGUGUUCCGGAGUCUGCCCACCUUCAUUGGGAACCAGUACCAGCCACCUUUACCCCAACAUACACCUCCCCGUAGACCCAUAGCUCCCCCUGUGUCCCAUCCCUGUGGCUACAGCUAGGAAAUAUUUCAAGAAAAUAUCCUAUAGGCCUCUGGAAAACAUGCAAACAUUAAAAAGCUUGAUAUGUUAAAUGGUGCUCAAUCAUCUGAAAACAAUUCUGGACUAUAAGGGUCAUUGCAGGAUAGUAUAAAUUGCUGUAAAUUAAAGGAGGAAUUAAGUGUAAAAGAAAAGACUGGCUCCGAGAAUUUGUUUGGACUAUAACAAUGUUGGCAAUCUGAGGUUUACUUAUUUUAAUAUAUUGAGCAUGUACAGACUGCAAGGCACACGUACACAAAAAAAACUCUUCCUCUUAUAUUCCUUUUGUUUUGUUUCUAUAAUAUUGUGUUACUCCUUACUAUGUAGUGCACUAUAAAGAUGAAGACAUGACACACCUUUCCUAUUGAGAUGUCAGUUAGUAGUACCAUGUUAUGGAAAGCAUUGCUUAUCAGUGCACAGUAUUUGUCUUGGUGUCUGAUAACCACCCCUUUAAAUCAAACAAAUCCAACAAGAGAUUGAAUUGUAAUUAUUUUAUUCACAUUUUAUUGUAGAUUUGUUGGUGCACAAAAAAAUGCAGUUAUGUGCUACCUGUUUCUACAUUCUUAGACAGUAUUUGUUCUCAACAGCAGUGCUGGAAUACAAAACUCAUACCCAUAUAGCUAAGUAUCUCCUUUACCAAAACUGACAUGUGAUCAAAUUCCUGCAUUUAUUUCAAACCCCAAACUGCAGCUCCUGCAUAAACUGGCAGUAGUUCACUUAUUUUAAACCCACAAGCUAAAGCAAUGACAUCUCUAAGAACCCCCACUCAUGGGACAGGUGUAUCUUUCUCCUGCAGCAGCUUCAGUCCUACGCACACACAUCACACAGUAGUACAGGACCUGUUGAUGCAACUUGAAUACAUGUUUGUGUAACUUUGUACCACUAUUACAUUCUUAUACUUAGACUGAUUUCCCUGUCACAGUAAAAAAAAAACUGCUUCUUUGAUAAUUUGUUUCAUUAUCUUAUAAUACAAAUGUUGUGAAUUAUUUAAAACUAUAUAAAUAGAAGCUUAUUGUUUUGUAUGCUGAACAUCAUAUGUAUUUUCCAUUUGGGGCAUAUUUGAUAUUGCUUGCUAAUGUGUUAUUGUGCUAAAAUAAUAUUCUAGAUGGUUUUUAUAAUAAAUAAUUGUUUUGCUUUUUUAA